AUGGGAGCUUGCCUCAGAGCAUACGGGAGGAGACCCACAGCCGGCAGGACGUUAAGGUGGCAGCAGAGGUGGCAGAGAUCCCAGCAGAUCUUGCCUGCAGGGGCUUCAAGGACUGAAGUCGUGGAUUGCCUCAGGCACGGGUGGCGCAAUGCGCUAUGGCCACCAUGGAGACCACGGCGCGCCGGCGGCUGCUGUGUCUCCAGCUGCAGUGGCUGUCCAGACUGCUGUGAUGCCCCAGCGGUGGCAUUGGCCGAGCUCUGUGGAGAGCAGGCUGCCAACGUUGGGGUCUGCAGCCCCUGGGGAGAGAGCCAGAGACCUUCUGCGUUCUCCUUUGCAGAGGGUUUCAUAGACCAGGUUGCCCUGUCGCCAUCUUGCUGGAAGUCCCAAAAUGUGGACAGUAUGAUCUACAAUGGGGAGUUUUUGUUUGCUUUUUCUUUUUUGGAAAGUAGUGAGGUUUCUGCUUUCAGUGUGCACAUCAGAAAAGAGGAUGCUGGUGCACCAGUUACAAAAGACGAGACCACCUGGAUGUCACAAGACAUGAGAACUUUUCCAGAGAAAUCCCUGCAAAGAUCAGCAAAGGUGGUGUACAUCCUGGAGAAAAAACAUUCUCGGGCAGCAACUGGCGUCCUCAAACUCUUGGCUGAUAAGAACAGUGAACUGUUUAGGAAAUAUGCUUUGUUUUCUCCCUCAGACCACCGAGUGCCUAGAAUGUAUGUGCCUCUUAAGGACUGUCCCCAGGACUUUGUGGCACGACCUAAAGAUUAUGCCAAUAUACUGUUCAUCUGCCGCAUCGUGGACUGGAAGGAGGACUGCAAUUUUGCCUUGGGGCAGCUGGCUAAGAGUCUUGGGCAGGCUGGUGAAAUUGAGCCUGAAACAGAAGGAAUACUAACAGAAUAUGGUGUUGAUUUCUCUGAUUUCUCUUCAGAAGUUCUAGAAUGUCUUCCUCAAGGUCUGCCAUGGACAAUUCCACCAGAGGAGUUCAGCAAGAGAAGGGAUUUAAG